GAUUAAGUAGCCCAUUCAUCAAAGCCCAAGAACAAAUUUAGGCUACUUCCUUUGUCUUCUCUACAUCACAGGAACGCUCUCCGAACCAACCCACCCUUGACAGGUCGAAGCUACCUUCUCUCUCUCUCUCUCUCUCUCUCUCUCGCACACUGAGAUCGACUAAUCCAGUUUUCUGCUGAUUUGAUUUCUUGAAGAAAGGGUUGGAAUCAGAUUCAGGCGUGAUGGGUUUUGUGAUUACAACCCUAAUCUUUGCUGUGGUGGGUAUAAUUGCAUCUCUUCUGGUCAGAAUCUGCUGCAGCAGAGGCGCUUCUACCAAUUUGCUUCACCUGACAUUGGUUGUCACAGCAGUAGUAUGCUGUUGGAUGAUGUGGGCAAUUGUUUACCUCGCACAGAUGAAACCACUAAUCGUUCCAAUCCUCAGUGAAGUAGAGUAAGAUUAUGUACGAUCAAUCAAUAUGUUUCUGCAUAUACUCUAGGUUACCCUUCAUUGUUUCGAACUUCAUGUGGGGUAAUGUGUACUUUUGAAAGAGAAUUUGAGUGCCACAUAUAUUUAUAUAGCUUGGUCUUUUAUAAUUGCCCUUUAAGUUGUUUAUUCAUUCUUUGGAACAAGUUGAUCCAGUGACGUUGGUCAAUCUGGGUGUCUGUAACUAAGUACUUUUAGUUUCGAUUUAAGUAAAAUAAAGACUUAUCUUGGUAAGUCCAGUUAACCUUCAUAUUAAUAAAAAGGGAUGUUGGCCGCAAA